GGGCAUGCUAUAUCUCUCUGUAUAACACAGGAGGUAGGCUAGCUGUCUGUUUCCAGGUCGGAGUGUUAGAACAAUAGCUUGCCCAUCCCCUGUAUAGUGGCCCCUCCUCUCUAUUAGCUCUCCUCCUGCUGUCUACUGGGUUCCAGCUUUAGGGCAGCAGCUCCUCAUUGAGUUCCUUGGAUUGAAAGCAGGAUGGGGUCCCAAACAGCAGCCAGGUCCUGUGCCCAGCCGGGGCGAGGUAGGAAUGGGGGAGAGGGAUAUCCAGCAUGUGGGGUAUGGCAUUGUGUGGUCAGUGUACACACCCAACCUCCACCCCCACCCCAGCUCAGUGGGUACACAGAGACAGAGAGUCUGACACACUGGAUACAUUGUAACCCACUGUCUGAUAUACAAUAAUAUAUAAUAUACUGACUGCUGGAUACAUUGUAACCCACUGUCUGAUAUACAAUAAUAUAAUAUACUGACUGCUGGAUACAUUGUAACCCACUGUCUGAUAUACAAUAAUAUAAUAUAAUAUACUGACUGCUGGAUACAUUGUAACCCACUGUCUGAUAUACAAUAAUAUAAUAUACUGACUGCUGGUACAUUGUAUCACCCUGUCUGAUAUACAAUAAUAUAAUAUACCGACUGCUGGUACAUUGUAUCACCCUGUCUGAUAUACUAUAAUAUAAUAUACUGACUGCUGGAUACAUUGUAACACCCUGUCUGAUAUACAAUAAUAUAAUAUACUGACUGCUGGAUACAUUGUAACACCCUGUCUGAUAUACAAUAAUAUAAUAUACUGACUGCUGGAUACAUUGUAACCCACUGUCUGAUAUACAAUAAUAUAAUAUAAUAUACUGACUGCUGGAUACAUUGUAACACCCUGUCUGAUAUACAAUAAUAUAAUAUACUGACUGCUGGAUACAUUGUAACACCCUGUCUGAUAUACUAUAAUAUAAUAUACUGACUGCUGGAUACAUUGUAACACCCUGUCUGAUAUACAAUAAUAUAAUAUACUGACUGCUGGUACAUUGUAUCACCCUGUCUGAUAUACAAUAAUAUAAUAUACUGACUGCUGGAUACAUUGUAACCCACUGUCUGAUAUACAAUAAUAUAAUAUAAUAUACUGACUGCUGGAUACAUUGUAACCCACUGUCUGAUAUACAAUAAUAUAAUAUACUGACUGCUGGAUACAUUGUAACCCACUGUCUGAUAUACAAUAAUAUAAUAUAAUAUACUGACUGCUGGAUACAUUGUAUCACCCUGUCUGAUAUACUAUAAUAUAAUAUACUGAUUGCUGGAUACAUUGUAACCCACUGUCUGAUAUACUAUAAUAUAAUAUACUGACUGCUGGAUACAUUGUAACACCCUGUCUGAUAUACUAUAAUAUAAUAUACUGACUGCUGGAUACAUUGUAUCACCCUGUCUGAUAUACUAUAAUAUAAUAUACUGACUGCUGGAUACAUUGUAACACCCUGUCUGAUAUACAAUAAUAUAAUAUACUGACUGCUGGAUACAUUGUAACCCACUGUCUGAUAUACAAUAAUAUAAUAUAAUAUACUGACUGCUGGAUACAUUGUAACACCCUGUCUGAUAUACAAUAAUAUAAUAUACUGACUGCUGGAUACAUUGUAUCACCCUGUCUGAUAUACUAUAAUAUAAUAUACUGACUGCUGGAUACAUUGUAACACCCUGUCUGAUAUACAAUAAUAUAAUAUACUGACUGCUGGAUACAUUGUAACACCCUGUCUGAUAUACUAUAAUAUAAUAUACUGACUGCUGGAUACAUUGUAACCCACUGUCUGAUAUACAAUAAUAUAAUAUAAUAUACUGACUGCUGGAUACAUUGUAACCCACUGUCUGAUAUACAAUAAUAUAAUAUACUGACUGCUGGAUACAUUGUAACCCACUGUCUGAUAUACAAUAAUAUAAUAUAAUAUACUGACUGCUGGAUACAUUGUAUCACCCUGUCUGAUAUACUAUAAUAUAAUAUACUGACUGCUGGAUACAUUGUAACCCACUGUCUGAUAUACAAUAAUAUAAUAUAAUAUACUGACUGCUGGAUACAUUGUAACACCCUGUCUGAUAUACUAUAAUAUAAUAUACUGACUGCUGGAUACAUUGUAUCACCCUGUCUGAUAUACUAUAAUAUAAUAUACUGACUGCUGGAUACAUUGUAACACCCUGUCUGAUAUACAAUAAUAUAAUAUACUGACUGCUGGAUACAUUGUAACACCCUGUCUGAUAUACAAUAAUAUAAUAUACUGACUGCUGGAUACAUUGUAACACCCUGUCUGAUAUACUAUAAUAUAAUAUACUGACUGCUGGAUACAUUGUAACCCACUGUCUGAUAUACAAUAAUAUAAUAUACUGACUGCUGGUACAUUGUAUCACCCUGUCUGAUAUACUAUAAUAUAAUAUACUGACUGCUGGAUACAUUGUAACCCACUGUCUGAUAUACAAUAAUAUAAUAUAAUAUACUGACUGCUGGAUACAUUGUAUCACCCUGUCUGAUAUACUAUAAUAUAAUAUACUGACUGCUGGAUACAUUGUAACACCCUGUCUGAUAUACUAUAAUAUAAAAUACUGACUGCUGGAUACAUUGUAACCCACUGUCUGAUAUACAAUAAUAUAAUAUACUGACUGCUGGAUACAUUGUAACACCCUGUCUGAUAUACUAUAAUAUAAUAUACUGACUGCUGGAUACAUUGUAACCCACUGUCUGAUAUACAAUAAUAUAAUAUACUGACUGCUGGAUACAUUGUAACCCACUGUCUGAUAUACAAUAAUAUAAUAUACUGACUGCUGGAUACAUUGUAACCCCCUGUCUGAUAUACAAUAAUAUAAUAUACUGACUGCUGGAUACAUUGUAACCCCCUGUCUGAUAUACUAUAAUAUAAUAUACUGACUGCUGGAUACAUUGUAACCCACUGUCUGAUAUACAAUAAUAUAAUAUACUGACUGCUGGAUACAUUGUAACCCACUGUGUGAUAUACAAUAAUAUAAUAUACUGACUGCUGGAUACAUUGUAACCCACUGUCUGAUAUACAAUAAUAUAAUAUACUGACUGCUGGAUACAUUGUAUCACCCUGUCUGAUAUACUAUAAUAUAAUAUACUGACUGCUGGAUACAUUGUAACCCACUGUCUGAUAUACAAUAAUAUAAUAUAAUAUACUGACUGCUGGAUACAUUGUAACCCACUGUCUGAUAUACAAUAAUAUAAUAUACUGACUGCUGGUACAUUGUAUCACCCUGUCUGAUAUACAAUAAUAUAAUAUACUGACUGCUGGAUACAUUGUAACACCCUGUCUGAUAUACAAUAAUAUAAUAUACUGACUGCUGGAUACAUUGUAACACCCUGUCUGAUAUACAAUAAUAUAAUAUACUGACUGCUGGAUACAUUGUAACCCACUGUCUGAUAUACAAUAAUAUAAUAUACUGGCUGCUGGAUACAUUGUAUCACCCUGUCUGAUAUACUAUAAUAUAAUAUACUGACUGCUGGAUACAUUGUAUCACCCUGUCUGAUAUACUAUAAUAUAAUAUACUGACUGCUGGAUACAUUGUAUCACCCUGUCUGAUAUACUAUAAUAUAAUAUACUGACUGCUGGAUACAUUGUAACACCCUGUCUGAUAUACUAUAAUAUAAAAUACUGACUGCUGGAUACAUUGUAACCCACUGUCUGAUAUACAAUAAUAUAAUAUACUGACUGCUGGAUACAUUGUAACACCCUGUCUGAUAUACUAUAAUAUAAUAUACUGACUGCUGGAUACAUUGUAACCCACUGUCUGAUAUACAAUAAUAUAAUAUACUGACUGCUGGAUACAUUGUAACCCACUGUCUGAUAUACAAUAAUAUAAUAUAAUAUACUGACUGCUGGAUACAUUGUAACCCACUGUCUGAUAUACAAUAAUAUAAUAUACUGACUGCUGGUACAUUGUAUCACCCUGUCUGAUAUACAAUAAUAUAAUAUACUGACUGCUGGAUACAUUGUAACACCCUGUCUGAUAUACAAUAAUAUAAUAUACUGACUGCUGGAUACAUUGUAACACCCUGUCUGAUAUACAAUAAUAUAAUAUACUGACUGCUGGAUACAUUGUAACCCACUGUCUGAUAUACUAUAAUAUAAUAUACUGACUGCUGGAUACAUUGUAACACCCUGUCUGAUAUACAAUAAUAUAAUAUACUGACUGCUGGAUACAUUGUAUCACCCUGUCUGAUAUACAAUAAUAUAAUAUACUGGCUGCUGGAUACAUUGUAUCACCCUGUCUGAUAUACAAUAAUAUAAUAUACUGGCUGCUGGAUACAUUGUAUCACCCUGUCUGAUAUACAAUAAUAUAAUAUACUGACUGCUGGAUACAUUGUAACCCACUGUCUGAUAUACUAUAAUAUAAUAUACUGACUGCUGGAUACAUUGUAUCACCCAAUGUAAUGUCCACACUCUGCAUAUAGUCUAUGAUGGAUACUCCCUGGUUAUUACAUUAUAUACAUUGUCCUUUAAUAUGAUUUUUCUUUGAAAGUUGGGUUUAGGAUCAGAGCUAUGGAUCUUUUAAUAUUUGAGCAGGACAUAUAUCCUGCCUGAGAUUGGUGGGAGUUCCCCAGCAGCAGCUAUCAGUGAUGUGCUAGGACCGUAGCUGGGGAGAGGAGAGUUACACUGUCUGUCUCCUCAGUAACAGGAGAGGGACCAAUGCUGGCAGAUGGAAUGAGCAGCUGCUUCCCUGGAGUGUAACUCCCAUCAAUCAUGCUGUGCUGCCUUGAGAUUGGGGUCCCACGUGAUGCCAUGUCAAUCCCACCAUGCAAUCUGGUUUUAAACGCACAUCAUCACAGCCUGUCGAUUGACAUAUACCUACACUAAGUAUAUAUAUAUUGUCUGUCUGUCUGUCCUGUCUGUGUGUCUGUGCUAACCAAACGCGCCAUCGUUUACCAAACCGACUGCGCCAUCGUUUACCAAACCGACUGCGCCAUCGUUUACCAAACCGACUGCGCCAUCGUUUACCAAACCGACUGCGCCAUAGUUAACCAAACCGACUGCGCCAUCGCUAACCAAACCGACUGCGCCAUCGCUAACCAAACCGACCGCGCCAUCGCUAACCAAACCGACUGCGCCAUAGUUAACCAAACCGACUGCGCCAUAGUUAACCAAACCGACUGCGCCAUCGCUAACCAAACCGACUGUGCCAUAGUUAACAAAACCGACUGCACUAUUGGCAAGUGUGUUGGUUUAAUUAGUGAUUGGGAAUAAUGCAGAUGUCGGCAAAAAAGAUGAUUGAGAGCUAGGGGACAGCCAGUAAAUGCUGUUUUUAGUAUUUUUUUUUUGUGCUUACCACCAGAGGGAUAAAAAGGAGGCUCCGUAAAAUAAAUAAAUAAUGUAUGUUUUUUCUAUCCGUGUGCUGAUUAGUACAUACAGUACGUACAUAAUAUUACAUUGUGUAUAUUUUGCAGUACACACAUAUAGUUUCUCCCAUAGGCAAGUAGACCCCUCACAUUUUUGUAAAUAUUUUAUUAUAUCUUUUCAUGUGACAACAAUGAAGAAAUCACACUCUGCUACAAUGUAAAGUAGUAAGUGUACAGCCUGUAUAACAGUGUGAAUUUGCUGUCCCCUCAAAAUAACGCAACACACAGCCAUUAAUGUCUAAACAGUUGGCAACAAAAGUGAGCACACCCCUAAGUGGAAAUGUCCAAAUUGGGCCCAAAGUGUCAAUAUUUUGUGUGGCCACCAUUAUUUUCCAGCACUGCCUUAACCCUCAUGGGCAUGGAGCUCACCAGAGCUUCACAGGUUGCCACUGGAGUCCUUUUCCACUUCCCCAUGACGGCAUGACGGAGCUGGUGGAUGUUAGAGACCUUCCGUUUGAGGAUGCCUCACAGAUGCUCAAUAGGGUUUAGGUCUGGAGACAUGCUUGGGCAGUCCAUCACAUUUACCUGCAGCUUCUUUAGCAAGGCAGUGGUCAUCUUGGAGGUGUGUUUGGGGUCAUUAUCAUGUUGGAAUACUGCCCUGCGGCCCAGUCUCCGGAGGGAGGGGAUCAUGCUCAGCUUCAGUAUGUCACAGUACAUGUUGACAUUCAUGGUUCCCUCAAUGAACUGUAGCUCCCCAGUGCCGACAGCACUCAUGCAGGCGCAGACCAUGACACUCUGACCAACAUGCUUGACUGUAGGCAAGACACACUUGUCUUUGUACUCAUCACCUGGUUGCAGCCACACACGCUUGACACCAUCUGAACCAAAAAAGUUUUAUCUUGGUCUCAUCGGACCACAGGACAUGGUUCCAGUAAUCCAUGUCCUUAGUAUACUUGUCUUCAGCAAACUGUUUGGGGGGCUUUCUUGUGCAUCAUAUUUAGAAGAGACUUAAUUCUGGGACGACAGUCAUGCAGACCAAUUUGAUGCAGUGUGCGGCUUAUGGUCUGAGCACUGACAGGCUGACCCCCCACCCCUUCAACUUCUACAGCAAUGCUGGCAGUACUGAUAGGUCUAUUUCCCAGAGACAACCUCUGGAUAUGACGCCAAGCACAUGCACUGUUCGACCAUGGCGAGGGCUGUUCUGAUUGGAACCUGUUCUGUGAAACCGCUGUAUGGUCUUGCCCACCGUGCUGCAUCUCAGGUUCAGGGUCUUGGCAAUCUUCUUAUAGCCUAGGCCAUCUUUAUGUAGAGCAACAAUUCAUUUUACAGAUCCUCAGAGAUGUCUUUCCCAUGAGGUGCCAUGUUGAACUUCCAGUGACCAGUAUGAGAGAGAGUGUGAGAGUGAUAACACCACAUUUAACACACCUGCUCCCCAUUCACACCUGAGACCUUGUAACACUAACAAGUCACAUGACACCGGGGAGGUAAAAUGGCUAAUUUAGGCCCAAUUUGGACAUUUCCAUUUUGGGGUGUACUCACUUUUGUUGCCAACGGUUUAAACAUUAAUGGCUGUGUGUUGUUAUUUUGAGGGGACCGCAAAUUCACACUGUUAUACAGGCUGUACACUUACUACUUUACAUUGUAACAGAGUUUCAUGUCUUCAGUGUUGUCACAUGAAGCACAGCUGUAUAUAUUGUAUAGUAUUGUAUGUCACUGUAUUCUGUAUAUAACAUGCCUGGCCUUAUAUAUUGUAUAUGUCAUGUAACGUGUCGAGAGGAGGCAGAAUAUUCUGUUAAACUAAGGAUGGGGCAUGUGGCCAUGUGUGUUAAUUGGGGCAGUUUCCUGUAAUCCUAUUUAGAAUUGCUAUAGUAGCAUCAUGUUACACUGUGAUGUAAUUCACUGAGUUCAUAUUAACCCUUCCACAGUAUGUCAGAAUCCCAUACAGGCCACUCCUGUACAGCCCAGGGUGGGGGUCUGAGAACAUAUCAGCUGGUAACAGGAUGCACUGACUGUCUGGGAAAACAUUAGGCUAAGACUACAAUCACUUCACAUUAAUCCUAUUGAUGUUCAGUCACCGCUUUUGUUAAGGGACCUUAUUAGUCUGUGGGUUCUCUAUCUAACUGCACACACAGGUCUCUGCAGCUCUAAAGCUGUGUGUUAAAUUGCUAGCUCUGUGGGUUGCAGGUCACUUUUUUCUAUAUACUGUAUUCUCUCUGUGUUAUGUUAGUACCUGCUCUCACAGUGUUGUUGGCUCUGUCUCCUGUUUAUAGUUUCAGGAUGUGAUUAGGAGAAUUUUCCCUUCCUGGAUGAUGAUCGUAGGAAGUUGAGCCUUUCCUGUCUCCGUUACGCACAGAGCAGUUAUGGGGUUAACGUCAGGUUAGGAUGGUGGAAACUAACACGUUGCUGCCAGGGAACCCUUGUACUAACACAGAGACCAUUUAAAUUCAUGGGCAUGCAUCCUGUCCGUCUGGGUAUUGCCCCUAUCACAACUGCUCUGCACCUCAACCAGACCACGCUGGGAAUAGGAAACUUCCUCGUAAAAGGGCAAUCCACAUGUGGGCUGCUUGCAGAGGCAGCAGUGUCUAGGGUGGUCCUCUGGUGGGACAAAAACAAUCAAAGAAGAAAUUGGAUCCCAUGGAGCCCAGUCAGGUCCCCUCUUCUUAUUCUUCACAUCGAGAUGGUUUUGGGGGCCCAGCAAAUUCAUGGUCUAACUUGAGGUCCUUUCAUUCUUUACAAACAGAUGAUUAUUGGGGCCAAGCAAAUUCAUGGUCUAACCCUAGGCACAGGGCCGGUCUACCACUUCAUUCUUCACAAAUCUAUUGCAGCCCCAUAAGUCAUUGUGCUAUGUCAUAGCUACACACACACUAUAUAUAUAUAUAUAUAUAUAUAUAUAUAUAUAUAUAUAUAUAUAUAAUUUAUUAUUGGAAUAUUCAAAAUAUUAGUCCUUUUAGGGUAAUUAAAUUAUACAGUAAAGCAUACUCACAUGCACACACAGACAAGGUUACUGGUACACACACAAAUUUAGUACAGACAAACUCUGAUACACACACACAAGCUUACUACAGACAAGCUCACUGCACACACAUGCUCACCACAAACAGGAGCAGACACACCCAUGCUCCCUACAGACAAGCUCACUAACACAUAAACAAUCCCUACGGACAAGCUCACUGACACACAUACAAGCUCACUCACUAGCAGGCACACACACAAACUCACUAGCAGGUGCACACACACAGAAGCUCCCUCACUAGCAGAUGCACACACACAGAGAAGCUCACUCACUAGCAGAUGCGCACACACACACAGAGGGCCGGUGCAAGGAUUUUUGCCGCCCUAGGCAAAAGUAAAGUUUGCCCCCCCCCCCCGUGUGAAUUCACAAUGCCCCACCCAUAUGAUCUGCCAUGUUAACUAACGCCAGUGCUGCAGUGCUGCUGUGUUUACAUUAAAAGGCCUGCAGGGACAGGCUAUAGACACCAGAACCACUACAUUAAGCUGCAGUGGUUCUGGGGACUAUAGUGUUUCUUUAAUGUGAGGUAAAUUAGAGCUUAGUGCCACGAAUAAUAUACUAGAUUGCCUACUUACAACCAGAUGAGGAUGAUGAUGGGCGCUAGCUGCAGUCUGGCUCCACUGGUCUGGUGUAGAACAGGCUCUCUGGAGGCUGUUUGUAACUGUGGUCACAAAAAUCAAUGUUCUGGGAGUUUGAGUUUGUUCACAGGGGGUGGAGUGUGUAGGGGAUGUCCUGAUAUGUGUGUAAAGAAUGCGUUGUGUGAAUCUGUGUUUGUAUGUGUAAGGACUGCAAGGUGUGUUUCUGUGUAUAUAUGGGAUGCAGUGUGUGAGUCUGUAAGGGGUGCAUUGAGUGUGUGUAAGGAAUGCAUUGUGUGUUUCUGUGUGUGUAAGGGAUGCAUUGUGUGUGUGUCUGUGUGUGUAAUGCAUUGUGUGUUUUUCUGUGUGCAAGGGGUGCAUUGUCUUUGUGUGUAAGGGGUGCAUUGUGUGUGUGUGAUGGAUGUCAGUCUCUCCCCCCUCCCUUGUCACUCUCUUCUCCCCCUCUCCCUCCCUUGUCACUAUCUUCUCCCCCUCCCUUGUCUCUCCCUUCUCCCCUCCCCACUCUCAUUUCCCCCUCCCUCCCCUGUCACUCGCACCCCCUGUCAAUUUCUUCUUCUCCCCCCGUCAAUUUCUUCUUCUCCCCCCUUCCCUACCAGUUUCUUCUUCUCCCCCCUCCCCCACCUCUGUUGUAGCGUGGCGGAGCUCUGCAUGGUCCGCGGGUACAGGGAGCUUUUGUUUCCUGUACCCGGCCGGACUAACACUCAUGUGCACUUCCUGUUAGUCCGGCCGGGUACAGGAGACAGAUGCUCCCUGUACCUCUGGACCAUACAGAGCUCGGCCACGCUACAGUGAGGGAGUGACAGGAGGGAGCACUGAGCACUUCCCUCCUGUCGGCCUUAUCAGCCAUCUACACACAGGGAGACAGCCACACACAGGAAGACAGUCAAACACACACAGGCAGAUAGCCACACACUCUCUCACAAACACACACAGGCAGACAGUCAUACAUAAACACACAGGCUGUCACACACACACACACAGGCAGUCACACACACACACGCACACACACAGAGACACACUGACCUGCUUCUUACCUCCACAUCCCUUGGAGCUCCUGGAGGCUGGUUGUUGGGGAAGCAGGGACUCCUUCCUGCUUCCCAUGCUGCAGUUAGCCAGGCCCCCUGCCGCAUGCUAGCUCCGCCCCACUGCGUGCUAGCUCCAGCCCCGCCGCACAUUAUUUGUUGUUUUUUUUUUAUGAUCCGGGGCGGCCAUGUGUGAGCUGUGCCGGCCGCCUGGCUCCCAAAGCUCACACAUGGCCAGCCAGGAUCACAAGAGCCAAUGAUAAGGGCUGUCAGCCCAGCACCAGGUGUCGCGGCCCACCGGGAAAUUUCACUACAUAACUACACUACAUCAGACUGUAAGCACUCUAUCUGAGCCAAGUCCAGUGGCUGAGACGAUUAACUCACACUCUCAGCCAAUGAGCCAGCUCUGUGGGAUUAGAGCUGGAGAAAGAACGCCAGAUUUUGUCUGCUCGUUGCUAGAUGUAGUGGAGGUGGGAAGCAGUUCCUUCUAUUAGAAGGCUGUUCCACGUAGCUCCUGCCCAUUAGUGGGCCUCCUUAGAAUUCUAACUGAAUCAUGCCAUUAUUGUGUGUGUAUAUCUAUAUACUAUAUCACGUGCUGCCCCCGUAUAGCACAGGGCAGGAUGCAGUAUUUGGUGAUAGGACGGGGCAAUAAAGUAAUACUCAACGGGUUUACAAAUCCGAGUUUUAGUUCAGACAUUCAGCACUAAAUAAAUAACAGCAUUGAAUGAAAAGGAAAUUCUUUUCCUGUCGCCAACGAUAAAAAUAAAUAUUUGGGAUGUAAAACGUACUAAAGGAAAAGUCUGAAUGUAUUUCCUGUCUGGGAUCUGCUCCCAACAACAUAUUAUAUCUGUGUCACCCCGCACGAGGUACAGACGCAUAGCGCCCCCUGUCUGUGUCACCCUGCACGAGGGACAGACUCAUAGUGCCUCUGGCUGUGUCACCCUGCACGAGGGACAGACUCAUAGUGCCCCUGGCUGUGUCACCCCGCACGAGGCAUAGACUCAUAACGCCCCCUGUCUGUGUCACCCUGCACGAGGGACAGACUCUUAGUGCCCCUGAUUGUGUCACCCCGCACGAGGCAUAGACUCAUAGCGCCCCGUCUGUGUCACCCUGCACGAGGGACAGACUCCUAGUGCCCCUGGCUGUGUCACCCUGCACGUGGCAUAGACUCAUAGCGCACCCUGACUGUGUCACCCCGCACGAGGCAUAGACUCAUAGCGCCCUUUGGCUGUGUCACCCUGCACGAGGGACAGACUCAUAGUGCCCCUGACUGUGUCACCCUGCACGAGGCAUAGACUCAUAGUGCCCCCUGGCUGUGUCACCCUGCACGAGGGACAGACUCAUAGUGCCCCUGACUGUGUCACCCUGCACGAGGCAUAGACUCAUAGUGCCCCCUGUCUGUGUCACCCUGCACGAGGGACAGACUCAUAACGCCCCCUGUCUGUGUCACCCUGCAUGAGGGACAGACUCAUAGCGCCCCCUGUCUGUGUCACUGUGUCACCCUGCACGAGGGACAGACCCAUAACGCCCCCUGUCUGUGUCACCCUGCAUGAGGGACAGACUCAUAGCGCCCCCUGUUUGUGUCACUGUGUCACCCUGCACGAGGGACAGACCCAUAACGCCGCCUGUCUGUCACUGUGUCACCCUGCUGGGGGAGGGACAGACUCAUAGCGCCCCCUGUCUGUGUCACUGUGUCACCCUGCAGGGGGAGGGACAGACUCAUAGCGCCCCCUGUCUGUGUCACUGUGUCACCCUGCAGGGGGAGGGACAGACUGGUAGCGUCCCCUGUCUGUGUCACUGUGUCACCCUGCAGGGGGAGGGACAGACUCAUAGCGCCCCCUGUCUGUGUUGCUCAGGAGGUAAUGUUAGACUCCUGGGUCCUCCCAUUAAUGUAGUUAUUAAAGGGGUUUGUAAGAUCUCUGAAAUUUUUGUUGUCUUUUUUUUUUCCCCUUAAGAUGUUCUGUUUUUUUUCUAUUUAUAAAAUUUAGGAAGGCACAGCCAGGGCACACACUAUUAUGUGAAAGUGUGUUUAUAUUGUGGUUUUGUCAUAAAGCAGUAUUUAAUACAUAUUUUUUUUCUUUUUUCUUGCAGUUUUACCUAUAAUGCGAUUGUGACAUUUUUGACAAAAUGUCAGCCAUGGAAGCCCUCCCCCCUCUUGUCCCCUUAUCCCAGAAGCCUGUCCGCAUCAUUAAAGCCAAGCCUCCAAACCGUCCUCCUCCUAACUUGCCCCCAAAACCUCCCCAGAAGCCUCCUCCAUGUCCCCCCAAUCCUGUUCCGAUCCCCGUGAAGCAGUCUGUCGUGGAACUCCCAGGAUCCUGUGUGGCUGAGCCCUCUGUGUCUGGUAUUUCGGUGAAGAAGAUUGCUGGACUCUUCCAGAAGGAUUAUAUUGUGGGCAAUGGAGAGGACUCACACCCACCCAUACCUCCUAAACCGGCGGGAAUCUUGUUCAAGGAUGAAAAGGUUCUGCCAGAGAAAACAUCGGACUCUGCAAACUUUCCACCUGAAGUGCAAGACGAGAAGGAGAGAGUGUCGAUGUGCCCCCCUCGUGAGUACAUUUGUGGGUAAUUUAUGAUGUCAUAAGGUUAUUCACCUCCGAUACUCCGGAUAUUGUGGCCUACAUCUCCGCCGAUGCUUUGCCAGCAUUGUGGGAGAUGUGGACUAUUUCAGUACUCCAGAUGUUUAAGAUAGCCUACCCUCGUUCUAAAGAGUGAAUAGUCAGAAAUUCGAAGUGAGUUUUACAUUUUAGACGAAUAUUCUCUAAAUGGAAACCUAGCUGUCUUUUUUACAAUUCAACUAUUCUUGUCUAAAGUUUAAAAUACACUUUUGUAUCCAGUGAAAGUUCUGUUCAUUAAAUUGUGGAUUGUAGUUAGUUGAUCUGUAUUGCUAAAGUACCUAGCUUUGACGGUAGUACUCGUCUAUUGUGGCUUUUGGUUGUGGUUAUCAAUGCCUUCUAUGCCAGACAGCUAUUUCACCGAACUAUUCCCCUCUAGUUAGAAUGCCGAGCAAUCGCCCUCCAGCUCAAUAACUGAAAUAUUUCAAUGACUGCCUGUACACUGUUGGGGCUACACAGAUCCCCCAACAUUGGGAUUGAUGAAAUCAGGAUGGGUGGCUGGUGACACUCAUAAUGGCCAAGCCCAUCUACUGAAAGGGAUGCCUGGCUCACAGCUUGCCCUCUACAUACAGGGCCAUACAGAGGGCACCGGUGAAGCACUGUUUGCAUGGUCUUCGUGCCCACAGCAUUCGCUUCUUACAAUGCACUUGCGUUGUACUGCUCGGGGACAGACCCCUGGUAUGCAGGACACCAAGGAAAUUUUGAUGGCCGGACAGGACCACAAAAUCCCUGCUGUUGAAAGCAAGACUGUAAGGAGCCCUGGACUACGUGACCGGAAUUGGGGGAAGGAAAGCCCUUCUCCAUCUCCCCUAUUGUAUGAUAGACCUCCUAUUGUAUGAUAGACCUCUGGCUGGCUGACAGUUAUGGGAGUUGUAUUUGUACACUGUCUGAGCUACAGGUUGACUCAUGCCAGCUGACGGAUUGAGUUGGACUAACUAAGAUUCAAUUGGAUUUAUGUCAACCAGAUGAAAUUGCUGGAGCCGGCCUCUGUUGCUAGACUGACAAAAAUUCCUGAGAGCAACCGAUAUUUACUUCCUCGAUAAUUAGAGAGUGAAUCACUUUCUUCGUUAACACGCCUUGUUAUAAGAAACUAGCUGUGUUUUCAUUCCUGGAGGAUAUAUGUGACUGUGCACCGGUGAUCUGGAAUUCACAUAAAUAUAUGCAGAUUGUCAAAUGAAAAACAAACCCUAAAACAUUAAGGGAGUCUACAACAGCAGUUAUUUUGAUUUUAGACACAACACCAACAAUUUAAAGAUCAGGAUACGUUAUACAAUGUAUUAAAAACCUGUUUUAUAAAAUAUAUAUAUUGUUGAGAAAUUACAUUAUAACAACGAUAAGGUUUCUAGGUGUGAACCUGGGCUCAGUGACCCCCAAUUAUUUAACCUGUUAACGCCAACCUUUCUUAUUGUAUAGUAUAUACCUUAUUGUAUAGUAUACAGCUUAAUGCAGUGGUUCCGGUGUCUAUAGCCAGUCCCUGCAGGCUUUUCAGAGAAAUGUCAGUGUUUACAUUGCUGCCUAGCAGAACCUCCAGUGACAGUCACUUAAAUGGCCACUAAUGGUGCUUCCUGUGUCAGUGCUGCAUAAUGUGCAGCACUGACAUUCAGCGUAUCCAUACUCUGCAUGCAAACGCUGAACACUCCCCAUAGAGAUGUAUUGAGUCUAUUGACUAUAUGAGGAGAUGCUGAUUAGCGCAUGCACAAUAGCCUCCCAAUGCUUUCCUAUGGCAUUGGCUGAGAUCAUCAAAUGUGAUAGUGUGAGUGGCCGGCAACCAUUACUGUAUCUUGUGAUGUGAUAUGUGACGCUGCAGUUGGAGCGAUAAUUAUUUCCCCUUUUAUUACUAUUACCAUGUGCCAUUAAUAUAUGUAUAUAACGUUAUUUGUGUAAAUUGAGGGCUGGACACACAUGGCACAUCCAUGGCUGCCAGGGGCGAGGCUCUUACAGGACCGCGUUUCUGCCGAUUAAUUUUGAUGCACCCCAUCACCUCUGUUUUACAUUGGACUAAUGAGCAGCAAUGGGUGGCUGUGAUUGGCUGAGAGUGAAAACAUUCCAGAGACACUUUAACUUCUUUAAGGAACACUAUAGUCACCUAAAUUACUUUAGCUAAAUAAAGCAGUUUUCGUGUAUAGAUCAUUCCCCUGCAAUUUCACUGCUCAAUUCACUGUCAUUUAGGAGUUAAAUCGCCUUGUUUCUGUUUAUGCAGCCCUAGCCACACCUCCCCUGGCUAUGAUUGACAGAGCCUGCAUGAAAAAAAAAAACAGAUGUAAUUUACCUUAAAUAAUUGUAUCUCAAUCUCUAAAUUGAACUUUAAUCACAUACAGGAGGCUCUUGCAGGGUCUAGCAAGCUUUUAACAUAGCAGGGGAUAAGAAAAUCUUAAUUAAACAGAACUUGCAGUAAAGAAAGCCUAAAUAGGGCUCUCUUUACAGGAAGUGUUUAUGGAAGGCUGUGCAAGUCACAUGCAGGGAGGUGUGACUAGGGUUCAUAACCAAAGGGAUUUAACUCCUAAAUGGCAGAGGAUUGAGCAGUGAGGCUGCAGGGGCAUGUUCUAUACACCAAAACUGCUUCAUUAAGCUAAAGUUGUUCAGGUGACUAUAGUGUCCCUUUAAUAUCUGUCUCAUAGAUGUUUCCAACAUGGAAUCUAUCAGAUGUGUCUUCAAACAGGAAGUCAUCCCGGCAGUCUGCUAUUACAUCAUCUAUCUUGGACCAGUUUAUGGCAGAGAUAUAGGCCGUCUUUAUUUCAUAACAAUUCCUGUGCCAGCUCUCGGCAGAUUAUGCUAUCGGAUUCCGUUUUGCCAAAGAUAGAUCACUAGCGAUUUUGUUAAUGAAUUGCCUUUUUUUGAUUAGGCAGCCAGCAGUGUACCAGUUAGGUCCAAGGGAUGGGUUCUUGCAGGCAGUACGAUAUUAUGGAGGGCGAGCUGGAACACUCUGUGAGGUUCUAUAUUGGGCAGUCGGCUAUCAGACCUUCCAGAUUGGCUUUGGUCUACCGUCUGAUAAUAUUUGCAGGAACAUGUUGUAUAAACAGACAUUUCUGUUAUGUAAACAGAAUCUGGAUUGUUGGAAACUCUGCAGGGUUGUUAUUGUAUAAAGAGGUUUAACAUGGUAUUAAUGCCAUGUAGCACCCCCGCUAGGCAGUCUAUUCUACAUUACAGUCAGCAUAUUGGGUGAUUUGUCUAUUCUCUCACCAAAAGGAGAAAUAGUCUGAAACCCUUUCUGUUAUGUUAUAACCUAUCCAAACAAUGGAUAUUUGGUUGAUGAGAUCACUGGUGGCAAACGUGGGUUGCAAGUCAUACCUAAUGGUUAUUCACCACAUUCUACAGAUCUAUUUGGCCCACUAUGGAGGGCUGGGGGGUUGUGUAUUGUUUUUUUUUUUUUUUUGUGUGUUUUUUCUUCAAUAUGCCUGUCACUUGACUUCACAUGUAGAACUCGUCUGUCCUGUUUGAGCAAAGGACGAGGAAGUUGGGAUGAUUCAAACAUUUUCAUUUUGAGGCACAUGUGCCUGUGCGUGUUGCUCCUUACUAUUCUAAGAUCAGCAUUGUAGUUCGGUGCAGUCGGAUUUUGUUCUGAUAUGCUGCAUGUUGUGGGUGUGUCGCAUCUUGCAGUUAGUAUAUGAAAACUGUAACUCUGUCAGCUACCGCUCAACGUCGCAUUCCAACAGUCAGUCGUCACAGAGUUUAGCGAUUAAUCAAAUGUGUUCAAAUGAGGUAACAAUCUAUAUGUCACACUAUAUGUAAAGGACCCCAAACACAGAGACCUUAAUCUACAACCUUAGAGCGGCCAGGCUUAACGUAACAAUGGUCAGAGACAUAGACAAGGUCAAGGGUAGGAGAGAUUCAAAUAAACGAUAGACUUGCCAAAAUUUAGGAAUCCAUAGAACAGACUAAAUAAUAAUCCAGCCAAGGUCAGUAACAGGAAAAGAGAAAUAUCACAUCAACGCACUAUUGGGCUAAGCAAGAACCACAACAUGGCAAGAAAGGCCACCAGUUAAAUACUAGUGGUCUGAUUUGGACCACGUUGUAGGGGAGCACCAGAAGACAUGACACCGGCAGACUGCCAACUUCACAUCAACAGCAAAGUCCUUCGUGUAUGACGAAUAAGUGUUCUAGCAUGAGACAUUCGGUGCAACUGCGAGUUCGCGUACAUAGACGUGCCCAAACAAGAAGCUGCGAGGAGCAACACACUGACGGUAGGUAUGACACUAUAAAACUGGCACAAUUAGUGAUGUUUGGGUAGUGAUGGACUAAACCGAUGAAUGGCUAUUCAUGGAAUUAUUUUGGUGACUAAAGUUCCUGUAAAAUUUCCUGCUUGAUCAAUUCUUGAAUCAUAAGAUAUUAUUAAUAAGAACACUCCAUUUAGCCUGUGGCUUUCUCCAACCAAUAGGGACCCACAGCAAUGGCAAGGAUGCCCAGUAUGGAGUACCAAUUCAAAAGUAAAUCAUAUUUGCCCCAUCUGGACACUAUACAGAAAAUAUACUGGACAAUCUCAAGCAAAAGUCAGUGAAAUAAGACCAAGUAAUAGAAAUGUAUAAUGCAAACUAUUCAAUUCUUCUCUGUAUAACACGAUUAAUUCUCCUGCUUCUUCCAAAAGACUGUGGAUGAAACUCCUGUUUUUCCAUCCAUCCAUCCAUAGCUCUAUAUAUUCUCCUACAAUAAUUGGUCCUAAUUAACCACUGUAACUUUUGUGGGGUUUCACUUUAUUUUGGGGGUACUUUUGGGGUGUUUUAAAAAUCAUCUAGUCGCUUGCUGGUGUAUGUAGCUGCCCUUGUCCAGAUUAUAUUAUAUAUAUUUUAUAUCUAUAUACUUUGUACCUAUUUUUAUAUCUAUGUUGAACGUCCUUCUGGUUGAAUCGCUUCUUCACUGGGAAAGUUUGUUCACCUGUUUCUUUAAUAAGUGAUAAUCAGAAGUCCGUUCUCUAAUGCUAUAUAUCGGUGGAGGAAAAUGGGACCUUUGCUCUUCUUUUCCAUUCCAUGAUGUACGUGGCCUGGUGUAUUUAGGAGAUCUAUCUGGGCGAGAGACGCUUUGUCUACAUACUCAUGGCCCCUCGGCUUUGCACUAGGCAUGAACGUUUCAUUUUUCUCCCUGAACAAUACUACUGGUUUCUUUACGGUGAGUAAUCACUUUUUGCUGUUUACUUACCUUCUUUUAGUUCUAUUUUGUUUAUGCUGAGGGUGUAAAUGUCUAAAAUUGCUUUUAUAGCUGCCCCAGGCCAGCAGAAGGGGACGGAGAGAUCCGGUAUGCAAACAGAAACAUCAGAGAAUUUACGAAGGAAUGUUAAAAUGACAAACAAGGAAGUUCUUCCAAUCUGAUGAGCACCUGCAAUGGAAACUCAGCCAUGAAUUCACACAGUUUCACCUACCUCCUAGGAAUCUGGCAUUACCUGCACCAUGCCAUGAAGAGUGGGAAGUCCUAGAGGUUUAUGGCUAUACUUUGUAUUCCCUGUGGCGGAACAGGCCUCGCCACGUGUUCUUGGAGGGGGCUGCUUGCCCGCCUCCUACCUUCUGACUAUGGCCCUGGGAUAUAUGGCAUUUGAAAACACUAUUUGUGCCCUGUGACAAACUGGAGAUUGUGCACAAACAUGACUAUUGUCCAUAUUUUUAUGAUUCCCUUUGUUUGUUGCACUGUUCCCCAUGUGUUUCAUCUGUUGGUCCGGCUGGAUAGACUACCAGACAAACUGUGGAGUUACUGGGUGGCCACCAUUUCAUGUAUCAGAGGCACAUGGUGAGAACAAUGGAUGAAGCACAUGGUGAGAACAAUGGAUGGCGGCCAUUUUAACUCACAGACACUGUUUGGACUUUUCUACACGGUGCCAUCUCGCCAGUAUUUGGUGCACAGAGACAUCGUGCAGUAGUUUUAAACUAUACAACAGGGGACACAUUAUACAGUAAUUAUUUUUCAUAUAGCCUGUAUAUGUUCUGCGGAAUCUGCAUUAAACUGUAUCUUCCAAACUACUGAACGGAUCUGGGUGAAUUUUGGAUAUGUGGUUCACCCAGAUCCCCCGGUUCCCAUUUUUAUGGGGUUAUUGCAUGUUUUGGGGUCCCUGUGAUAUGUUUUAUAAUACUGUAUUUCUCUGCCUGUGAUAAUUAGAUUAACCAUUGUGUUCAGUAAUCAUAUCACAGGCAGAGGGGAGGAUUUUGUGUGGGAGUGUCUGUGUGUAUUGUACGGAUUGAUUGGUUGUAUUUCAAAACCCUGUGGACAGUACUGUGUUUGUGGAUUGUGAAUAAAAGAGGCUGUAUGUGCCAGUCCAGUCAGUUCUUCUUGACCUGAAAACUAAGUGUUGUCUCGUUAUUGGGGGAAUUGGAUUGUAUGCUGAUUGCCAGGAGUGUAAGCUGAUUGUAUGCUUUUCCUGUUCAGCUGCUUACAGCAUUCAUAUGCUUGAGAGCAUUUGUAUGCUUCUCCAGUUCGGUGGUUGUGGUGUCUGCUGCAGUGCUUGGAGUCCUCAGGAAGCGCUAGGAGCAUCCUUCAAUGGAGAUACCCAGUCGGGGUGCCAGGUGAUCAGUUACAUUCCCUGUCUAAUAAAAAGUGGGGGACUUGGUCUUAACACAAUCUUUGUAACUUAUUAGAGAGAUGGAAGGCAGGUUCCCUCAUAGAAUAAAUCAGAGAGACUGAGAUUUGUUGUAUUAUACACUUCUACUUCAGGUUGAUGAAACAACCCUACGGCACAAUAAAGCUUUGCUUCUGCUCAAUUUACUGACCCCCAAAUAUAUCUACUCACCCUUCUUGUGGUAGAAAGGUGUGUAUGGAUGGGUACGUGCACAAAUAUGGGUAUUUACAUAUACCUAAUUAGGUUGCUGCGUACCUUUUUUAUAGGCAAUAACAUUUAUAUGUAUAUAUAAAAUGAUGUGGUUGUGUAGAAACACAGAGCGAUAUUCCAGCCCUAUAUUUAGCUUGAAGUUUAACAAAAAUGUUUUGGAGAAUCUGCUUGAAGGACAGCUGCUGCCGAGUUAAGAAAUGUCAUGGAGGACGGGGGUAAGAGCAGAAGAGGGUAUAGACCCUCACUCAGAUCAUUCAGUAAUGGAUACCCUGUGUUCGGUAAGGGUGGCAGACUCAAUGGGUCAGUAGCCUCUAGUUUCUAGAUAAUUGUUGGACAUUUUACGGCCACUUUCCCAGUGCGUUGAUUCCUUUUAUGUUUGUAUUCCGGUUUAGAAAUAGAAAAAAAAAACGUGAAAAAAAAACAACUAAAUUGUUUAGAAUAAUCUAUUUUUUUUUUUUUUUGCUGCUGCUCCUGGCACUGUGUGUAAAAUGACGCUGCAAACACCCCGAGCGCAAACACUCGGUGGAAAAUAAAUCUGCACUGAUUCCCUGUACACCACGCGCUCGGAAUAUUCUGUAUGAGAGAGAUUUCUCAAAGUGCGCAGAAAUGAUCUGCAAAGUUCGAGUAGCACUGUCGUCAUGGCAUCCAGUAGAAGCGAUAGAUACAUUGGGCGAUAUUUAUCACCAUGUUCUGAAAAAGUUAAAUUCCAUCUUUAUUGUGAUCGUAUUUAUUAGUUUUUUAAAAAGUGAGUUUUCUUUAUAGUAAAUUCUGCCAAAUUUAUAGGGGUGGGAAAAAGAAUUUAUAGCGGUGGGAAAAGUGGCAGAAAAAUGCAAAAAACAGAUUUAAUAGUUUGCUUCAAAAAUUUGCCGACAAUUAGACUAAAAAACGCUGAUGGCAUCUGGAUAAAUAUGUUCCACUUUUAGAACUUUCCACCAUGUUUAAUUGUGAUUCUGCUCCCACUGGCGCAGAGAAUAUUGCCUGGUCUGCGGGAAUGCUUAAUACACAGAUAAUGGCUAGGAAGGGUUAAUCACUCUUUUUUUUUUUUUGGGGGGUGGGGGGGAAUGUGUAACUUUAUCCUUCGUCAGCCCACCCUGAUCUGUCAUUCCCGCUCCCUCCCACCCACUGUCAGUAUGUCCAAGCAGAGCCUCAGACACCAACAGGUACAGAGAAUUGAGUGGGCCCUUUUCAGCCCCCAGGACCAACUGUGAGUGUGUGAGGGGUGAGUGCUUGUAAUAUGUGUAAUAUGUGCCUACUGGCUAUAUACAAUGUAUAUACAAUGUGUAAUGUAUCAUGGUAUGAAAUAUCAGAGAACUGUAUGUGUAAUAUAUGUGUGCUUUAUAUGUGUAUGUAAGAUAUAUGUAUGUAGAAUAUAAUAUGUGGGUGCUGUGUAUUUGUAUAUUAUAUAUAUAUAUAUGUAGAAUAUAAUAUAAGGGUGCUAUAUAUUUGUAUAUAGAAUAUAAUAUAGGGGGUGCUGUGUAUCUGUAUGUAGAAUAUAAUAUAGGGGUGCUGUGUAUAUGUAUGUAGAAUAUAAUAUAGGGGGGCUGUGUAUCUGUAUGUAGAAUAUAAUAUAGGGGUGCUGUGUAUCUGUAUGUAGAAUAUAAUAUAGGGGGGCUGUGUAUCUGUAUGUAGAAUAUAAUAUAGGGGUGCUGUGUAUCUGUAUGUAGAAUAUAAUAUUGGGGGGCUGUGUAUCUGUAUGUAGACUAUAAUAUAGGGGUGCUGUGUAUCUGUAUGUAGAAUAUAAUAUUGGGGGCUGUGUAUCUGUAUGUAGAAUAUAAUAUAGGGGUGCUGUGUAUCUGUAUGUAGAAUAUAAUAUAGGGGUGCUGUGUAUUUGUAUAUAGAAUAUAAUAUAGGGGUGCUGUGUAUCUGUAUGUAGAAUAUAAUAUAGGGGGGCUGUGUAUAUGUAUGUAGAAUAUAAUAUAGGGGUGCUGUGUAUAUGUAUGUAGAAUAUAAUAUAGGGGUGCUGUGUAUCUGUAUGUAGAAUAUAAUAUAGGGGGGCUGUGUAUAUGUAUGUAGAAUAUAAUAUAGGGGUGCUGUGUAUAUGUAUGUAGAAUAUAAUAUAGGGGUGCUGUGUAUCUGUAUGUAGAAUAUAAUAUAGGGGGGCUGUGUAUCUGUAUGUAGAAUAUAAUAUAGGGGGGCUGUGUAUCUGUAUGUAGAAUAUAAUAUAGGGGGGCUGUGUAUCUGUAUGUAGAAUAUAAUAUAGGGGGGCUGUGUAUCUGUAUGUAGAAUAUAAUAUAGGGGUGCUGUGUAUAUGUAUGUAGAAUAUAAUAUAGGGGUGCUGUGUAUCUGUAUGUAGAAUAUAAUAUAGGGGGGCUGUGUAUAUGUAUGUAGAAUAUAAUAUAGGGGUGCUGUGUAUAUGUAUGUAGAAUAUAAUAUAGGGGGGCUGUGUAUCUGUAUGUAGAAUAUAAUAUAGGGGUGCUGUGUAUCUGUAUGUAGAAUAUAAUAUAGGGGGGCUGUGUAUCUGUAUGUAGAAUAUAAUAUAGGGGUGCUGUGUAUCUGUAUGUAGAAUAUAAUAUAGGGGGGCUGUGUAUCUGUAUGUAGAAUAUAAUAUAGGGGGGCUGUGUAUCUGUAUGUAGAAUAUAAUAUAGGGGUGCUGUGUAUUUGUAUAUAGAAUAUAAUAUAGGGGUGCUGUGUAUCUGUAUGUAGAAUAUAAUAUAGGGGUGCUGUGUAUAUGUAUGUAGAAUAUAAUAUAGGGGUGCUGUGUAUCUGUAUGUAGAAUAUAAUAUAGGGGUGCUGUGUAUCUGUAUGUAGAAUAUAAUAUAGGGGUGCAGUGUAUCUGUAUGUAGAAUAUAAUAUAGGGGUGCAGUGUAUCUGUAUGUAGAAUAUAUGUUCUAUUAGUGUGUUUCACAGUGUAGUCUGCUUACACAGUAUAGUUUGCGGUUUAUCAUGUAUGAACAUGUAGGAGAAGGCGUGAGUUGAUGAAACACGCUGUGCAUUAAUUUACGAAGACUGCUUAUGUUUACUUUCAUAUUCAAUUCUAGUUAUCAAAGGCACACUAUAGGCACCAUAACAACUUUAUCUUAAUGAAGCAGUUUUGGUGUAUAGAUUGUACUCCUGCAGUCUCACUGCUCAAUUCUCAGCCAUGUAGGAGUUAAUUGAUUUUUGUUUAUGCAGCCCUAGCCAUACCUCCCCUGGCUGUGACCGACACGGCCUGCAUGAAAACAAAAUGGUUUCACUUUCAAUCAGAUCUUACAGCACAGUGUGUUUACUUUACGUUAGAAGUUCUCCGCAGGUUCUGUUAAUUGAAUUUUAAUCUCAAAUAUUUAUUAAAUUAAAGCUGAAUUAACACUCUAUAUGUAUAUAGCGCUCAGCUCUACUUCAAUUUUUGGUUUAAUUGGGUAAAUAUUGUUAUUUAGAAUAUAAAUUAAGAUAACACACAAAGUGGGAAGCAGCUGUAGGAAUAAUUAAGAUAAAAUGUAUUAAUAGAGUCACAAAUACCGCUGGUAUAUCGUUCAUGUUUUUGAUGCAUUCGUGUUAUUAUUAAAUCGCCUAAACCUUCUCAGAACAGCACCGCCUAAAAUUAAAGUGCCCCACUUGUCCAUUUGAAUGCUGGAAGGUAUGCUAAUCGCACUGCAGGUUCUAGCAGGUUAUUAACAGAGAAAGUGAUAAGCAAUUCUAUAUUAAACACAUUGUGCAAUAAAGGAAGUGUUUAGGAAGGCUGUGUAAAUCACAUGCCGGGAGGUGUGGCUAGGGCUGUAAAGACAAAGUGAUCUAACUCCUACAUGGCAGAGAAUUGAGGAGUGCGACUGCAGGGGGAUGAUCUAAACACCAUAACCACUUCAUUAAGAUAAAGUUGUUUUAAUGUUUAGAGUGUCCCUUUAAUUUCCCAAACUGAGAUAUAAUAGUAUUUUAUUGCAUGACUAAAAUUUAGAUUUACAAAGGCACACGUUAUGUAGUAAUAAAAAUCCUGGGAAGAAAAAUUCCCCUUUUUUUAAGGUUUAUUGCUCACAUAGGAUAUCUCGUUUUAAUUAAAACUUUAUAUAAUUUGCCAGAAAACUAAAAACUGGAUAAAUACUCUCCUUUUCCUACUGCAUUUUAAACAAUAGAUGGUAAUUGUAGAGUGACGUGACCGACUGAUUUGUAAACAACAAAGACGUUUUUUAGUGUUUAUUGAAAUGUAUAAAUUCAGCCUUUUUUUUUUUUUAACUCCCCCUUUCUAUAUUUUACCUUCCAGCUCUGCCUCCGAAGCUCUCCCAGGAUCCAGGCACUUGUGAGUUCCAGACCGGACCCUGCGAGAUGCAGCCAGCCUGCCCCUCUCAAUGCUGCUGUGCCUGCCACCAGCACAGACCAGGCCUGGUAUUGGUCUGGGUCCCAGAAUCCUUUGUUUCCCAAACUAACAGUGUAAACGAGGCCUCUGAUUCCUCUGACGAUGGCGGCAUAUUUAAUCGCAUCUUAUCUAUUAACGCUGACUCUGAUGAAGGAAAAUUGGGUAUAUUAAAAUCUAAGAUGUCCCCUAGUGGCAGCUACCCCGUGAGGCGGCGGUCACAGAGAUAUGGGAACGGCAGUCAGGUUAAUGAUGGGGAUAAUGUUUCAGACUCCAGAAACAGUGUUGUUUUAACCUCUUACAAGUUCACGAGUGAAUGCAGUGUAAAUGGGGAUUUGGCUUGCCCAACCCCUGAAGAGCUAGUUGUUCUGCCUCAGAGGAAGCCUCUUGUUCCACCGCAUAGGAAAUUGUGGACAGAUGAAUGUGUUGAUUCUGUUUCUGAAUCUUCGGAUUCAAAAAAACUGGGUUUGAAAACAAAGUCUAAGGAUGGACAUUUAUCUGAGGUAGCUUCCGGGGAAGAAAUAAUAAAGACUGGCCUUCACACUGUUAAUGGUCCACCAGAAGUAUUGUCCAAGGACUUUGGGCUCCAUAGACCUAUUGACUCUGCACCUGAGCUUCCUCAGUCUGGACCACCUUGCUUGAGAAGCCACAAACCAAACACAGAUCAAACCGUAGGAACCCCUUCUCACAAUUUAGAGUCAAACUUUGAGACGGAUUCUUCACGUCCUGAAACUUUAAUGCUAAAAAAUACUAACCCUUUUGAAAUUCCACAUACAGAUGGUCCAUCAUGCAAGGAACAGGCAGACUCCCGUACCAGGAUUCGCAAACCUGCUCGUCGGAGCAAGUUGCCUCCUCCAUCUGUGAAUGGAGAGGAUCCCCCUUUAACACUUCCCCCCAAAGUACCCAGCAAGCCUCCUCGAGGAGCAGCACCUCCCCCUCCACUCGCACCACCCCCAUUUUUAAGGAAAGGAUCUUUAAAGAGGUACUCUGUGACUAACCCUGAAGAAAUGAGUGAGAGAGAUAAAAUGGGUUCAACAACAAGUCUGCCCCUUGAAUUGUCAAGUAGGACAAAAGGUAUCUGUACCAGCUCAUCAGACGACUCAAACGGUGAGUGAUGAUAUGCAAAUAUAGUGUUACUAAUAGAAUCAUAAUAACAUUAAAUCUUUAUCCAUGUAUUACUAUGUAACAUGUCUAGAUCUAAGAGAUUCCUGAGCUCUGUGAGUAGAGACUGGUGGGGCCACCAUGUUGCUCUUGAGAGCCUGGAAGCAAGACUUGCUCCAUUAAUGUAUGCUAUAGAUGCUAGAUAGGCAGUGGUUAAUCGAAACUGAGUCUUAUUGCCACAUGUUUGAAAGCAAAAAAACAUGUUUAUUUUCAGGUUAUGAUAUCUUUGACCUAGCGGACUUUGGUACAAGAAAGUUAUCACACAUCAUUUGACCAUAAAAUGUCUCUGUAUGUUCUAACCAGCCUUUAAAAACUCUUAAGCAGUAUGUAAGAGACACUGUCUUGAUUCAAUUGAGUAUAUUUCUUAAUGUGUAUAUUACAUAUUAUGGUAUUCAGAGUUGCCAUCUAGAAAAGAGGAGGCAGAGCACGUUCUAAAAAUUUGUUUUCCAAUAAUCCUUUGUUACAAAAAUAAUCAUUGUGCUGCAAAACCAUCCUGAUUCUUGUGAGGUCUCGCUCUUCAUUCUCCUGUUGCCUUAUAAUUUAGAGAAAUAAAAUUGUGAACAUUGGCAAAUAGGAAUCAUGGAGGAAAUAUGCUAAUUUGAAUAAAAUGCCACAAAUGUGCCUUAACAGACAUCUAUGUUGUUUGUAUAUAAUAACUAGAGUGACAUCUCUUGGGCAUGCUGGAUGUAGAAAUAUUCUUAUUGCAGAUUGACCAAAUUCUCUUUACAAUGCUCGAGUACAUCUUACGUUGUUUUACACAUGGAAUUAUUCAGUGUAGUGUGACCAGGGCUAUUUACUCAAGAGAUAUAUUUUGGGAAUUCACAGAGGAUUUUAAAUUGAAGGCUAAAGUAGUUGAACUAUUAGCAGAGCUGACAUGGAGAAUGUUUCUAGCAUGGCUAUAUAAAUUAAAGGGCACCUGUCAUGCCCCAAACAAUUAAUGCUCAUUAGAUAGGCCCUGGGGAGAUAGCGCAGUUAAGCGGACAAGGGCACAUGUAGGAGUGUGGGGAUAGAUGCAGGGGAGUUACUUGGGAAGUGUGUGUGGGAGGGGUUAGGUUUAAAGUGAGUUAGUGUGGAUGAGGUCUUACCUCAGUGCCACUUGGGAUACGGGCCAGCAAACAGCUUCCCGCCCACCCGCCCCUUUGUAGUUUUAGUUAGUCACAGUGAGCCGGGCGUAUGUCCUUGCCAAUUAAGUUUAAGGGGUUAUGUUUAAGGAUGGAGUAAGUUCAUUAUGUUUGCAGGUCUCAACCUCCCCUGCUUCAAACGGUUAACAUUAGGUUGCCGGAGGUGUCGUGCCCAUCGAGCGUGGAUAAGGUCAGCUGAUGGCGGGCUUUGUAAAGCUAUGAUUUUAUGACGAGGGGGGAGGUGAGAGGAAGUGGUGAUUAGGAACCACUGUAUGUUUAUUGGCAAGGACGGUUGGGUCACUGUAUAACACUAUGGGUGGAGUUAUAUAUGUAUAUAUGUUAAUUUAUGCUUAUUUAUGUCUAACGUUUUGGUUACAGAAAGAAGAGAUUUAAUAAAUAAAGUUAUGGAUGUGUUAUGCAGUAAUUUAUUUAUGUUAUAAUAAAUGCUGUGGCCUGUUCAUCCAUACUAAGUGGUCUGUCGUUGAUUGGGGUUAUUUAUGUUUAUGUGGCAUCGUAAUUCCCCGCUACGUACAUACAUGAGCAUACUAUAUUAUCUAUAACUUGUGCUGGCAGUUAAGAAAAUGUAAAGAUUAGGAGAAAAUCCUAUUUAAAAAAAUAGCUUUUUUUCCUCCCAGUUGUCGAUCAUUUCCUCAGCGUGCUGAGACAUUGGCUGACAAGGCAGAUCGGAAAAGGAGGUCCAUCUGCUCUCCUCCCAUAGCUAUCGCAGCGCAUGCCCUACUCCGUAGCUGGUGCUUCUAGUGCUGGCUAGGGAGUAUAGUAAUGGAAAGAUGUGAUGUCAUUCCUUUCUGAUGCCGGCACACUGGCAAUGAAGCCAUAUUGCUGACAUCACUGAGGAGAUUUCACCUGCUUGGGAAUACUACCCAAGAAGGGCAGAUCUAAGAAGAAUAAAGUCAGAGUGGAGGGGUGUACCUAGAGCAUUUAGCAACCGGAGCGAAUUUUGUCCCCUCAAGGCCCCAUUAGAGACCACAUGGAGUCUCAGGACCCCUUUCAUAAUCUAGUAAUAUAAUAUAUCUCUCUGAUACCAAGUAGGCUAUUCUCAUGUUAAAGGGAAAUUAUUGGCACCCAGACUACUCCAGCUCAUUGGUGUGGUCUGGGUGCAAUGUCCCUAUUGCAGUUCCAGAGAAACAUUUACAUUGCAGAGAUUAGUCUGCCUCUAGUGGCUGUCUACCAGACAGUCCCUGGGGGGGGGGCUUCCUGGAUGUUAACAGCAUUUUGGUUCAGUAACUGACGCUGGACAUCCAGCGUCCGCUAUUUCCCAAAAGGAAAGAUUUGAUGAAAGAUUUGAUUCAAUGCUUUCCUAUAGGGAAGCUUAUAGCGCUCGCUCGUCUGAGGACGUCUCUGUGAGCACUUCCUGUUGGACCGGAUAGGGAAACAGAACCUUCUCUACCACAGUUCGCCUGCCCGGCCAUGCUACAUUCAGUGACCGGCCGGUCACCGGGAGAUCGGGUACGCUUAGUACAUGAAGAGGUCCUGGAAUGGAGGAAAAGUGAGUAAAUCUUUAUAUCUCACAUUAAAUACAUCAGGUAUCUUUGUGAUAAAUGGAGUAUUUAAUGUAUAUUGGAGCGAUUUCAGGUAAAUUAUAUUAUUCAUAAAUGUUCACUUUAAAUCAAUUUGAAUUCACAACAAUUUUCACUUUAGUGAAUUCCUGACAAUUCAGACUUUAGUGAUUUGUCUCCUUUUUCUGAUAUUGUUCAAUUUAUAUUUAAGUUUUGGGAAUCUAAAUAUAUUUUACAUUUUUGUGUUGUGAAUAGUGAGAUUUAGGCUACAAUAUAUAUAUUGUCUGUGCUAUUUUGGGCUAAAAAUGUAUAAUACUUGUCAAUUUUCCUGGGUUCCUGUUUUUUUUUUUUUUUUUUUUAAAUAACCCUGUAAAUGUACAAUAUUGUGGUUUGUAAUGGCCUCAUUCCGAACAUUUGAAAUCUUCCACUGUGUAGAAACUCCUGCUCGGGUCUCUAGCUGGUUGAAAUCUCUGCCCUUUAAGAUGGUAAAUACCUCCUGCGCCGCCAGGUUUAUGGGAUUCAACCGAACCUCUAAACUGAGACAGUUUGUUUGCUUUUUAAAAAUCUGUGGGUAAACUUACUCAUUAAAGAGCAAUAAUUUCCUUUGUUAUAGCUGAUCUUCAGACCUGAUUCAUAUUUUCCAUCCAUUUAACAGAACUGAGGCUUUGCGUGCAAGAUAUUCAGUUAUUAUCCUUUCUAUCAUGACUAGGUUCAGACAUAGGGAACCCUCUGCUUUACCUGACCCAUCAGUGAGGAACCCCCAGACACAUGGGAUCUUGGUUGGGAGCUGUACCCAUAGACCUGCCGUUUGAAAAUAAAAAUAUUCAGGAUGUAAAACAAGGCUCUUAUAAGUGACAUUUCCUUUGCCGUGGCUUCCCACCUCUAUUAAUGUCAGGUUUUUAUUAUUAGUGUGAAAGCCCGCAGUGACACAGACCUCAUUUUUAGCGACAGCUGAUGGAUGACAAUGAGUUACUUGAAUCUUGUAUUUUCUGUAUUAUUAACUGUAUUUUCUAAUUAUACUUUCUGGCCAAGAACUCCGGGAUUCUUUAAUAGUUCCUCAUUAUAUAUAUAUAUUACAUAGUAUAUUAAAUAUAUGUUAUAAAUUAUACUUUUAUAUAUUAAAUAUGUAUAAUGAUUUCUACAAGUCACAUGUGAGUGUUUAUACUAACAAUCAAAAACUCCUAUAGAUUGCAGAUAAAUUGCAAUAAUUCAGUGUCCUGUUUUAACCCAUUUAUCUUAUUAUUUGUAUUUAGAUUUAAUGGACUCCUCUCAGGAAAGCUCUGUAUUCAGGUGAGGAUUCCUCAUUGACAAAGUGAAGGAAAGAGUUGAAUGUCUGUGAAUGAAUUAAAUGAUUUGGGGGUACUCUUGUGAGGGACCCCUGACACCAGUAAAUACGGCUGCGAUGGAGACCGUUUGGGGCUAAUUCACUCCUUUUCAGCAGAGACACCGUUUGGGCUAAUUCAAGGCCCUUUUCCAUUCUGUAAAAAUACUAGAUUUAGAAAUCUUGCUCUUAAUAAUAUCCUCCAAAUUACCUGAAUUACCCCAUUUUAAACUCCAUAAGGUGAAUAAACCCAGGUGUUUUUCGAGAAAAUCUUCUGGCAUAAUGAAUAGUUGAAGAUUUAUUCUUUAUAAAGUGUAUCCAUAUAUUGUUUGCAUGAUAAGGGCACUUACCUGCACUGAAAUAGACUCCUUAGGCUGAUUUGUACAUUAUUCCCAAAAGGAUUUUGAAAGCUGGCACUCUAACACUGUGUUGGCUCUCAUGUUUGUUUCUCGGAUUUGUCUUAUUGUCAGUUUGUCUCUGUGUACAUUUGUCUGCAUUCUCUGUUGCAGCCUGUAUCGAUUGAAUCUUCCUUUUAUCUCCUCUCUUCGAUAUAUUGUAACAAUAUUGAAAGAUUGCUUUUAAUCACUGCUAGGUCUCCAACCAUCAAGAGCCCAAGAUCCAUAGACUGGGAGUCUCACUUGCGGGACGGUGAGUGUAUAUGAUCUGUAUAUUUUUGGUGAUCCUAUUAGCACAGCAAUGUUAAUUAGUAUUAGAAUUGACACUAUUUUAUUGUGUGUAAAAUGCAGUCCCAUCACUGCAUAAAUUUGCAUCUGUCACGAGAUAUAAAAUGCUGUGAAAAGUGGCGGUAACCGUUUCCAGGAAUAAAUAUUGCGUUUUUUCACAUCCUUUUAAAAUAUUAAUAUCAAACACCAGGACCAGCAUGAAUAAAAUUAAUUACCGUAGCAGGUGUAUUACCCCAAACACACAAACAAAAAUUGCACCAUUAAAAGAUUAAGGCGAUUUCUGUCACUUUAAUUCACGAUUCCCAGCUCUGUUUUACAUAAACGGGACUGAAAGUCCAACCCUUACCUAGACCUCCGGCAGUCAAAUGCCAUGAUGUAAGCAAUGUGAUGGCUCCUUCUGUUUGCAUUUUAUUUAUUUAUUUUCACUUAUAGUCUUCGUGACUACUUGUCUACGCAGUGAGAGUGCAUUGUGGGAUAGUCCAAGUUAUUAAAUUAGUAUGGCUUGUAAUUAAGCUCCCACCUGAAAAAACUAAAGAUUUAGAGUUAAGGGUCUUUUACUUAGAUGUGAUUCAAGCAGAUUGUAUGAUCAGGAAUACUUGGGAAUAGCAUGAUAAAUGAUGCACGUCCUGGUGACGUCCGUAUGUCCAUCAGAUUGGGGAACAGUUUUUCAAUACUUUUCCUAUGGGUUGCACCGGCUGCCAUGUGUAUUGAGGCUCACGUUUAGUUCUCUCCGCAGCGCCUAUGCCCCUAGUCUGGCCAAGGUUUGGGUAUAGUGGCUCAUCCCUCCACAGCUGCCUGAAUAACAGUGCCUAGCUAUUACAGACACAUAUCAGUAUGUGCUUUUAUAGCAGGAACAAACUGGCUUCCAAGGGAGGAAUGAAAUGUAGCAGAUUAAGCACUAAAAUUAGGUUAAGAUUCACCAUAAGUGACAUGUUGUGACAUAGGGCUAUAAGAUGCUUAGCCGACCACGAUCAUGUGAUCAAAGUCCCGUACUGUCCACGUGAGAUCGCACACAGCUGUUAGAAGAAGUUCUGUUAAUGUACAGGAAUGUUUUGGAUGUAUAUGGGGUGUUUGUUAAUUCUCAUCGUGGCUGCUAGAAUAUUAUUGACCUUUUUUUUUCUGGAGUAAUUUCCUGUCACUAUCUGUAUUUUUAUUGUCGAAGCAAAAAAAAAAGUUACAAUUUUGAAAAUGUCAAACAAUAAUAUAACCACCUAAGGUGCAGUAAGGUUACAAUAAAAGUGGUAUUUACCUUUCCACGUUGAAAAGAUCGGUAUAACGAUCGGUAUAAAGGAUUCCUCUUUAUCCUCAAACAAUAUAAACAAACUAAUGUAUACCUAAAAUACGAAAAACCACUCCGAUGGUAAUACAGUAAAUAAAACCUUCAACCAUAUAUCAUUGUAAGUGUUCCUACUGUAUUACGCUAGGAGUUGUUUUUCGUAUUUUAGAUCUACAUUAGUUUAUUUUGAAAAUGUAUUAUUAAUGUCCGGGCCAGUCUCGGAGCAAGAUGGACACUCGUAUUGUGGGAGCAGUUCUAUAGCUAGAAAUACUGCCCGACACAGGGACGGGGAUACACCCAUACCAUAGCAGUGGGGUCUGGUCUGGACAGAGUAUUGACGCGCCCCACUCCAUGGACACUAGUUAUCACGAGGGGUCCAGUGCCCCAAGCCAGCUGGGGAGACCAGAAGUGUUUUUGUCCCAGGAUAUGGGAUACUUUCUUUGUCUCAUUCUAUUGAUUUCAUAAAAGACUCUGGAUAUGAUUUGUGUUUUUUUUUUUUUCUCAGAUAUUAUAUUACCAUUCUCACCUUAUUCUUACAUUUUUGCUGCCAUUAUUUCCUUGUUAAGAGAGAGAGAAAGACAUGCUCUAUUUUUGGUUCUUUUGUUUUUACAAUUUCUUUAGCAAACAUUUACCAUAAUAAUCCAGUUUCGUCCAGUCCUGUAUUCUUGUGAAUCAGUUACUACAGAACCUGUGUUCCUCAGUGGGGAAUAAAUGCUUUCUAAUGGUUUUUUCUUUUAAAUUGAUUAAAUGAUCACUUAUUUCCUCACUACUGCCUCAUCCCCAUCACAGCUCCUAUCUCCAAUAUAUGCACCUAUUGCCCCUUUCACCCACUACCGCCCUUUCACCCCUAUCCCUCCCCUACAACCCUAUCCCUCCACUACAGCCCUAUCCCUCCCCUACAACCACUACAGCCCUAUCCCUCCACUACAGCCCUAUCCCUCCCCUACAACCACUACAGUCACUAUCCCUCCCCUACAGCCACUACAUCCCUAUCCAUCCUCUGCACCCACUACAGCCACUAUCCCUCCCCUACAGCCACUACAUCCCUAUUCAUCCUCUGCACCCACUACAGCCCCUAUCCCUCCCUUACAACCACUACAGCCCCAUCAAUCCUCUGCACCCACUACAGCCACUAUCCCUCCCCUACAACCACUACAGCCCUAUCAAGUCACUACCCCUGCACCCAAUAGAGCCACUAUCCCUCCCCUACAGCCACUACAUCCCUAUCCAUCCUCUGCACCCACUACAGCCACUAUCCCUCCCCUACAACCACUACAACCCUAUCCCUCCCCUGAACCUACUACAGCCACUAUCCCUCCCCUACAACCACUACAUCCCCAUCCAUCCUCUGCACCCACUACAGCCACUAUCCCUCCUUUACAACCACUAUCCCUCCUGUAGCGGAGAUACAAUAUUCCCCGGGUUAUCUCCACUUAUGAUCGCAGUGAGGCUCAGGAACAAGUAAAUUAUAAAUCCACAGGCAAAGUUUCCUACAGGCAAAAUAAUCCAAUAGUAUCCCCACAGCAAUCCCAAUAACUGGACGACACACAGCAUCAGGAGCAGAACUGACAACCUUUAUUCCACAGUGCCUUAUAUAGCAUGCUCCCAUGCAAGGGAGGGAUUUCCAUUCAUUAAUACAGUAGCCAAUCCUGCAAUAGUAACCUCCCACACAUCUCCUCCCCUCAGCCGGCAUCAUAAUCCCCUUAUCCAGUACAACAAUUCCCCCCCGUUUCUGGAUGUACCCCUAAACCUAGGGGUACCCCUUUAAAUUAUACAUCCCCUGGUAGCCCUGAUCUGGGUGAACAACAUAUCCAAAAAUCACACAGAUCGGACCAGGGGUUCGGGAAUUUCCUGGAGGGAAUAAAAUGACUGACCGUGCUGGAUGAACUAGCCGAAUUGGGCUCCAUGCGAUGGGGCCCUGAGGUCGGUCCUGGAAAAGGCAAAUUAAGUACCUGAAAGCCUCCAGCUAUAGAGGCUCAGGAGGGUUUGCCUGAAUCCCCUCGUUUGGUUGAUUAUGCCUACUGAACGAGGAGCCGUUCGGUAGUUUGGAACCGAACGGACCGGGCUGAUGGAGGUCUCAGCGGUGUUCGCCUAGUCGAGUGUCCGUUUUGAGUUCCAGACACUCGACGGCAAAACACCGCUGUUCGGGGGGUUAAGAUGGCCGCCGCCACGUGUUUGUUUCUCGAAUGGCGGCCACCCCCGAGAACAAAGGACGGCUACUUCACUUGUCAAUUACCCGUUCGCAACAAUGUUGCAACGGGUAAUUGAAGGCACACUUCACACAGGGGAGGUCUGACUGUUCGGUAGUUUCAUUCGAACAAACUAAGGGAAUGAAACUACCUAACAUUCAGACGAAUCCAAUACAUUUUACCAAUAGAACUUGGCUAUUUUACACGAAUACAUUCCCUUACUGCAUAGACAUUUAGCAAUUAGACGAAUACAGGUUACACAUAAUACAAGUCCCAGGGCAGCUCAUGGCCAUCCGCUACACCUCCUCUACAACCACUACAGCCUCUACAACUUAUACAACCCUAUCAAUCCUCUGCACCCACUACAGCCCCUAUCCCUCCCCUACAACCCUAUCCCUCCCCUGAACCCGCUACAGCCACUAUCCCUCCCCUACAACCACUACAUCCCUAUCCAUCCUCUGCACCCAUUACAACCACUAUCCCUCCUCUACAACCUUCUACACCCACUAAAGCUCCUAAUAGCUUUCCCUCCCCUACAACCACUACAGCCCUAUCCCUCCCCUACAACCACUACAGCCCUAUCCCUCCUCUACAACCACUACAGCCCUAUCAAUCCUCUGCACCCACUACAACCCUAUCAAUCCCCUACAAUCACUACAUCCCUAUCAAUCCUCUGCACCCACUACAGCCCCUAUCCCUCCCCUAUAACCACUACAACCCUAUCCAUACCCUGCACCCAAUACAGCCACUAUCCCUCCCCUACAGCCACUACAUCCCUAUCCCUCCCCUACAGCCACUACAUCCCUAUCCCUCCCCUACAACCACUACAGCCCUAUCCAUCCUCUGCACCCACUACAGCCCCUAUCCCUUGCCAUGCGAUCACUAUGUAUAUAAUUAAGUGAUGGAAAUUAUUAGUGCCACUAGUUUUGACUGUAGUAUUUUAUGUUCCCACCCCAGUAGCUACUGUCUCCUCACACUGGUUUCUGGGGUAUUAGAGAAGGGUGCUGCCUGCCCAGUGGUGCCUUGGUUAUUAGAGGGUGGUUACUGUCUCUCAACUGGUGUCUGGGGUAUUAGAGGAGGGUUACUGUCUCUCCACUGGUGUCUGGGGUAUUAGAGGAGGGUUACUGUCUCUCAACUGGUGUCUGGGGUAUUAGAGGAGGGUUACUGUCUCUCCACUGGUGUCUGGGGUAUUAGAGGAGGGUUACUGUCUCUCCACUGGUGUCUGGGGUAUUAGAGGAGGGUUACUGUCUCUCCACUGGUGUCUGGGGUAUUAGAGGAGGGUUACUGUCUCUCAACUGGUGUCUGGGGUAUUAGAGGAGGGUUACUGUCUCUCAACUGGUGUCUGGGGUAUUAGAGGAGGGUUACUGUCUCUCCACUGGUGUCUGGGGUAUUAGAGGAGGGUUACUGUCUCUCCACUGGUGUCUGGGGUAUUAGAGGAGGGUUACUGUCUCUCCACUGGUGUCUGGGGUAUUAGAGGAGGGUUACUGUCUCUCCACUGGUGUCUGGGGUAUUAGAGGAGGGUUACUGUCUCUCAACUGGUGUCUGGGGUAUUAGAGGAGGGUUACUGUCUCUCCACUGGUGUCUGGGGUAUUAGAGGAGGGUUACUGUCUCUCCACUGGUGUCUGGGGUAUUAGAGGAGGGUUACUGUCUCUCCACUGGUGUCUGGGGUAUUAGAGGAGGGUUACGGUCUCUCCACUGGUGUCUGGGGUAUUAGAGGGGGAUACUGCAGGGGGUUGGGGUGGUUACUGUCCUUCCAGUGUUGUCUGGGGUAUUUGGGAAGGGUUAUUGUUUGCCCACUGGUGUGUGGGGUAUUAGAGUGCGUGUGGGGGGUACAGUCUAUGCUCUAGUAUCUGGGGUAUUAUAGUGCAGGGGGGGUUGGGGGUGAUACUGUCCUCCCAGUUUUGUUUGGGGUAUUUGGAAAGGGUUUUUGACUACCCACUGGUAUGUGGGGGAGGGUUACUGUCUGCCCGGUGGUUUCUGUAGAUGUUGGAGCAUUGAUGAUGAAUGCUAUGUGGAGACCUGGUCCUAUUCAUCACAGAGCUCCAGAGCCUCAAUAUACUAAAAGUCUAGACCAUCACUGGGUGGUAACCCUUUAUCCAGGAGUUAAUGUUCCCAAUCUGACUGUAGCACAUACUUCUUCACUACAGUGGAUACUGAUCCGUGAAAAUAGUUCCAUGGCAAUUAGGAUGAUAUUAAUUACUAAAAAUAUUUUAAACCGUGGGAGAUAGAACAAAGUAAAGAUCAUUCUUUUUUUGUUCUUCUUGGGACUCCUGUAUAAUAACGACGUUCUCUGUACAUAUUGUAUCCGCUAAAAAAGCUGUUUCAUGUGUUCCAUUUCUAGAAUUUAAAUAUUAACUGUUCCCACUCAGUAGAGAAUGUGUCUAGCAUCCACAGUGGUGGCUGUGUAGGAGAAGGCAGAUGAUAAUACGUGUCUGUUAGUCCACCCAUUGUACAGCGCUGUGGAAUUUGUUGGCACUUUAUAAAUAAUAAUAUUACAGGUAAGUAUAUAUGUAUAAGCGUGUCUUAAUGCUAUGAACCAAGAGAUCCUAUUCGAUGUGGUCUCUGUACAAAGCUUGUACAUCUGAUAUAUCAAUUCUGUUUGUCUUCUUUUUAGAGCCACUCUAUCAGACGUACCGCCAGGCUGUGAUCACAAAGGAGAUCAGAAGACAGACCGUGACCCGAAACAGCAGCUUCACCAGCUACGACUACUCCCAUGACAGCCCUGUCUCAUCUGGCGGCUCCCCAAAACAAGGACGUAGGUCAGCAACGCAACACAACACGCUGUGGCAGGAGCUGCCCGCCGUCCGGGAGAGCGGCGUGCUGGACGGGAUGACAAACGAGCAGAAGAAGAUGCAAGAGGUGAGCGUUUAUAAACGCUGGGUGGGCACGGAAUCAAACAAACCUCUAAAUCACUAAAUUCCUCUGACAUGGCUAAUGUGGCAAAUCUAGCCACUUGGACAUUAUUUAUGUACUAUCGCUUUAAGGGUUGCCUGUAUGAUUUUCGUGUUAUGUGUGUUUCUGGGUAUACUGUAAUACGAUUGUGUAGCUUUGUAUUGCCUGCUGAAAGCAGAUAGCUGAUUCCCUUUCGUUUCACGAACGGCACUUUUGCGGGCCGUUCGUGAACCGAAAUAACCACCCUGUAACAGCCCACACAUUGAGAGACAUGUGGCGCUCGUUAACAGAUUGCAACAAUGUUGCAAUCGGUAAUUAGAGGCUCUCCUAGGUGGCCAUCUUGGAUCCUUUGUUUCCCCAGCGGUGUUUGGUCGUCGAGCGUGUGGUACUAAAAACGGCUACUCGACGGCGCGAACACCGCUGAGCUUACAGGCCGUUCGGCAGUUCCGGGCCGUUCGGUAUUUUGUUCCCCAUAUAGCAAUCGGUCUUUUAAGUGUGUGUUUUAAUGAAUAUGUUUUUCGUGCGGCGUUCGGUUGUUUUAGCUGGGAUCGGAGCAGGAAUCUCACGAAUGAUGCGCUCAGACCCCAGCUAUCUACCGAACGUCCAUUCGUGCAAAUAGACCUAAUAUUCGAAAAACUGUAUAUUUUAAAGUAAAUUGCCGGUUCUGCUGCACGGAGGGAUAAUCCACUUAACAGUAUAUUCCAGUGGGAGGAUUCCUCUCAUGCAGCAGUGCCUUAUGGGAGGAAGGCUCUGUACAUUAAGUUCCCCACGUAGUCCACCCCUGGAAUACCCCUGGGAUAGGACUCAGGAAACCCCUUGCAUGGGGAAUUGGAUAAAUUGUGGAGCCUGUGAAUAAAGCCUUCAGUUGACUGAAACUGUGUUUCGUCCGGUUACUGGGAGAUUGGGGAUAUUGCCUUGCUUUUCAGCGCUUGACUGUGGAUUACCUUUUGAACCAGCGUAGAUCGUGGGAUUUAAUAUUCCCGCUCCGCUACAAUUGCCGCUCCACUACAGGUAAAAUGACCAACGUUGGGCAAAUAUGUGUCCGUGGUCAUUCAGAUAUUGUGUGCUUUGAGCGGUGCAUAUUUGUUGGGUGAUGCAUUGCGAUCCCGAUCCCAAUGACAAGGUGUGUUUCUGUGUUACACCUGUGGGGUAUAUAUUCUUGGGAUGACUUUAAAGUGUAGAUAUUUCUUAUUAAAAUAGUGUCCAUUCCAUCUACAGUCACUCAAUUCUCAGAAUAGAGAACUCCGCUGACAGCGUUGUAUGUGAGCUGACCACCCGAUGGCAAGACUGGGAAAAAACUCUAUGCUUUUGGAUAAUUUAGAAAUAGAUCAACUCUUUCACUUCUAAGGAUUGUUUUUCUCUUUUAAUACAUUUUUAUAUGUCUGUAUUGACAGCAACAACACUGUGAUACAAAGCAAAUUUAAAUGUCCCCAUAUCACAGGGGUAACAAAGAGAGAGCACUGGGGACAAAUAAUGUAUAAAUGACGAUGGUGUGUUUAUAAAUACAGACCGAAUUCAUGCAUAAAUCUGAUAUUCAAUAGACCCCAGAAAUGUACCAUUGUCCCCUUACUGUAGAGUUGUUUUGGUUUGUCAUAUCCCACUACUGACACCUGCUUGUUUUUAUUUUCUUUCUAGAGCAUGUUUGAAGUUUUGACAUCGGAGGCAUCUUAUCUCCGUUCACUUAACGUGCUGACCGAACAUUUUCUGGGAUACCGAGAUCUUCUCGAUUGCUUAAUAAUUAGAGAGAGAAAAAUUCUCUUCUCCAACAUUCUUAAAGUCAAAGAGGUCAGCGAGAGGUGAGUCAGAGAAUGUGGUGCGACGUUGGUCUGUACUG